AUGCAAGUCUCAGAGAGGCCUCAACCACGUCCACUCUCUGUCCCUCAAAGGGACUUUAUCAGUGGUGGUGGCAGCUACGACGGCGUCAGCUCGACAUAUCUUGGAGACGUCAAGUCGUCUUCUGCUCAAAACACGACACUCGACUUGGAAGAAAAGGCGGAUGCACGUCCAAACCCACAUCGAAAGUAUAGCAGAAAAUGGUUUGACUAUGCGUGGGAUCAAGCCGUCCAGGUCGGCAGAUGGCCUCGGGUGGCCUAUGCUCUCGUUGGGAUCACCGCGCUUGGAAUUUGGGUUGGUAUCAUGCUCACCUUUGCAAAAGAAGAAGUCAGAGCCCAAAGGAGAAACUCUGACCUCAAUGGGACCAAGUCCGGGUUCGAGGGAGAGACUGCAAACUUUCAGGCAUGUACACUGAAAAAGUUUGAUCCCCUCGAACGCAAUCUCCGCGUAUCCUGGUCCCUCGUCUACGUUGAAAACAAUACCAACGUUGUACGCCCUUCAGGUCAAACUGUGGACGAUAGGUGGCAAUGUAACCUCUACCGCGACGUCAAAGCCGUCCCCGAAGACCGUCUGGUCGAUCCGGACCUUCUCGAGCUGGCCGGGCUCACCCAAGCCGAUAUCCAGUCCACUUACUAUCGGAUAGACAAUGUCACACAGCCCCCUCUCGCCACACUGGGAAUGCACCCAUUCGAUAGCGUGGACACCAAUAUCGAUUUCAACCAGGCAAGGGAGGAAGACCCCUAUGCUCAGCCUCUCUUUGCGUAUCCAUUCGAUAUAUGGCAAGGGUCCAUCGUAUUUGCCCUCACAGACCGAGUGGCCGCAGAGGCGGUUAAUCUAACAAACACGGGCAUCCUGAAUCUCCACGGGGCGAUAUUGAGUGAUAGCACCCUCAACUGGCGUAUUCGAUUAACCGCAAACAACACAUGCGAAUUCAGCGCUGUCGAUGCCGGAUGUGAACUCCACCUCGACUUUACCGGUCGUCGCCCACCUCUUGUCAAGUUUGCUGCCAUUCUCGCCGCUCUCAUAAACUGGGCGAGCACUAUUGGUAUCUUCCUACUUACGUGCGAAUCGGUCAUCAUGCGCCGCACGUACAUCCUCUCAGACACGGAUAUCCUUGGUGUGUGCGUCACCGCGCUCUUUGCUCUGCCCAGUGUCAGAGCUAUACUGCCUGGUGCACCAGACUUUGGUGCGAUCAUCGACUUGAUUGGGAUCAUUCCAAAUAUCAUCGUCGUUUCGCUCUGCACGACGGCUAUUGCAUUCUCAAAACUCACUAUGCGGCGACCCAAGAACGAAUAG